UUAAAAAAAACAGGAAUGGGUUGGUGUAAAGUGAAACGAUAAUUCUGUACCUGAUUUUCUUCAAAUUGUGUGACGUUUAUAAAUUGAACAAGACAUUUACGAUUAAUCUGUCAAUGCCGCGUAUGAGUAAGAAGAACUCCUUAUCUCAGUGGUAAUUCCGCUUCUCGAGAGAUUCAGCAUUAGUAAUCACUGUCAGUAGAGAUGCAUCGGAGCUCAAUUCGCAUAUCAAUCUGCGCUAUUCUGUGGUUAACAGUCAUAUCUACGCAAUGGGCAGUUGCAGUUUCCAGCGCAGAAUGCUUAACACCAAGGGCAAAACGUGGAAGCUGCGUGAAGAUAGAUCAGUGUCCAAAACUAUACGCACUAGUAAGGAGCAGUACCAUAUCCCAAUAUGUUUUUGAACUGCUGAAAAAGAGCAAAUGUGAAGAAUUAAAGGUUUGUUGUGAAGAACCCUUAGUUAUCGAUGUGGGAACGACUGUAUCUUCUCAACCCACCAGACCAACUCAAACUACCAGAGCAACUCCUAACACUACUACUAUGACUUCUAUCACUACACCAAGAAGUACACUAUUUAGCAAACGCAUGGAGAUAGAACUACCUGAAGCGACAGUUUGCGGCAUAGACACGUUGAGCGAACGAAUUUACGGGGAAACAGUCACCGGGUUAGAGCAAUUCCAGUGGAUAGUAGCCUUAGAGUACAACGUAAAUGGUUUCAAAAAAGUGAAAUGCGGCGGUUCGCUUAUCAAUACUCGUUUCGUUAUCACCGCUGCGCACUGUGUGUGGAGAAAAAAUCCCGAACAGUUGUCUCUGCGGCUUGGAGAAUGGGACCUUAAUCAGGAUCCGGACUGUGACGAAGAGUCCUGUCUAAACGAGUUGACCGAAUAAUAAUACAUGCAGAUUACGAAGGAUUCGGAAGGCACGAUAUUGCUUUACUACAAAUGCAAACUGCUUUGCCUCUGAAUUACACAAACCACAUUCUUCCGAUAUGUCUGCCGAGAACGCAAGAACAUUUAGAACAAUCAUUUGUGAACUUCAAUGUGACUGUCGUUGGAUGGGGCUUCACUGAAUCGGGUAUGGUUGUCAAUUUUAGCUUCUACGCCUCUGCCGGUUAACCAAGUGAUGCUAAUUUUCAGGAACAAGAAGCAACCUGAAAAUGAGUACCAACUUAGUAGUUACAAGUUUGCAUAGCUGCCAAAAUGAUUUGGAGGCAUUGCUAGGGAAAACAAAACUGAAUAAAUCACAUGUUUGUGCCAACUCACCGACCCACGAAAAACGUGGUGAAUGCCCAGUAGAUUCCGGAGGUCCAUUGAUGACCAUAUGAAUGGCAACUGGUAUUUAGUUGGUAUUGUGAGCUUCGGCCCGACUUGCGCGAGAACGAUGCUGCCCGGCGCGUAUGUCACAGUGAACACUUACAUGGAUUGGAUUAAAGAAAAUAUUCAAUAA